AUGCAUCUUUCUGAACUCCCUGCGGAGGUCCUCCUCAACAUCGGAACACAGCUUGGGGACGAUGGCCUGAGCCGACUCCUCCGUACCAACCGCUGGUUUCACAGCUUCUUUGGGGACGAGAUCUACAAGAUGCACGUGCAGAGGACCAAGGGCAUCGCGCUGCUCUGGGCCGCGGACCGCGGGGACGAGAUGCUGGCGCGAAAGUUCCUCGACUGUGGUGCCAACCCUAACGUGGGCUGGGGCCCCCGGGUCCCCGGCCAGGGAGACUGGGCGCUGCGCACCGCCGCGCGCUCCGACCUCUACUGGCGCCAGGAUGGCAACCGCACCCAUCUGACCCCCCUGACGCUGGCCGCGCAGAAAGGCUACCUGGACGUUGUCAAGCUCCUGCUUGCACACGGCGCCGACCCAGGCCGCCACAACCGCGAGCAUCAGACCGCGUGCCUGGCUGCCAUCUCGGCGCUGAUCGAAAAAGCCCACGACGGCCGCCAGUACCACAACUCGUGGGACCGGCUGUCCGACUUCAACCAGCCGCGGCGGCCGCUCGACCCGCAGCUGCUCGCCGUCGUCGACUUCCUGAUCCAUCUGCCCGACGCCAUGUACGGCACCCACGGCUACCGCGUGCUGAACCUGGCGCUGCAGUGGCCCGACCAGGACCUGGCCUUCGAGCACCUGCUCCGCAACGCCGCCCUCUUCCACCGCGUCGUCUUCGUCGACCACCUGCUCAACGUGGCCUAUGCCAACUUCCACGUCCACGAGUGGGGUCGCCUGGCCCUCAUCGCCCGCGACGCGACCCAGGAAUACUUCAGCCAUGCUAUGGGGCACUACUACCUCAUGUACAAGUAUGUCGCCUUCUUCCUUUUUCUAUGCGUCUGGGUCUGUAUCUGGGUCUUUCACCCCGCCAGCGCCGUCUGA